AUGGCUCAUAUGUCACUUUCACCACAGAGUAAAGUAGACCUAGAAUGGUGGGUGAAUAAUGUACAUGCCGCCCUAAAUCCUAUUUCCCAUGGUACACCCACUGUCAUCCUUACCUCGGAUGCAUCUAAAAAAGGACGGGGUGGCGCAUUAUUUGAUAAUGAUGGGAAGGUCAAACUUAAAGCAGGUGGACGAUGGUCUCUUGAGGAAAGCCUUGAUCAUAUUAAUUAUCUGGAGUUGAAAGCAGCAUGGUUUACAUGUCAGGCAUUGUGUAGAGACCUACAUCAUGUACAUAUUCGACUGAACAUUGACAAUACAACGGCUAUUGCAUACAUUUCUAACAUGGGGGAAAAGACAAAAGCCUGUAAUGAGUUGGCUGUUAAAGUCUGGAAAUGGGCUAUUGAUAGGGAUAUAUGGUUAUCCGCAGCCCACAUUCCAGGUCGUGAAAAUGUUGAGGCUGAUACAGAAAGUAGACUUGAACAUGAAAACACAGAAUGGAGGUUACAUACAAAUAUUUUUCAAAUCUUGGUAAAAAUUUGGGGCAGACUACAAAUUGAUUUGUUUGCUUCCAGACUAAAUGCACAGCUUCCCAAGUAUGUAUCUUGGAAGCCUGAUCCCUUUGCAUGUGCAGUUGAUGCUUUUACAUUAACAUGGAACUCUUACAGUUUCAUUUUUCCGCCAUUCUCUUUAUUGGGUAAAAUUCUCCAAAAAAUAUGUGAGGAUAAAACACAAGCUUUAUUAAUAGCACCAAUGUGGUCUACUCAGCCAUGGUAUUCACAUCUUCUGAACUGUAUUAUUGAUUGUUUUUAUUUUACCUACGGUCAACAGAAUCCUCAGUCAUCCACACCGAGGAACCAGGGACAGGAACAACCUUCCAAAGAUGACAUUAAUGGCUUGUCGGGUGUCAGGAGAUCCCUCCGAAUGUUGUCAAUUCCGCCAGAUGUUGAACAGAUCAUCUUGUCAUCAUGGCGACCAUCAACAGUCAAACAGUACUCAACAUUCUUUAAAAAAUGGACAACAUUUGCGAGUUCGGAAAACAUUUGUGCCGUGUCACCUGAUAUCAGAGACAUUUUGAGCUUUUUAACAUCACUUUACCACAGAGGACUUGGUUAUAGUGCCAUUAACAGCGCUAGGUCAAUGUUGUCCACAUUUGUUGUUAUUAAUGGCCAAGGAUGUGGCACUCAUCCCUUGAUCAAGAGAUUUAUGAAAGUUUUCAAUUUACGACCGGCUUUGCCCAGGAACAAUGUUUCAUGGGACCCUGAGCAAGUGUUAACAUUCUUAAAGACUAUGGACUGUGGGACAUUAAAAUCUUUAACACUAAAGCUGGUUACUAUGUUGGCACUAUUAACAGGCCAACGACUACAAUCCCUUCACUUGUUGGAUAUAAAGAACAUUUCUCUAACAGAUUCUAGUCUGAAACUUAGAUUUGGAGAUGCACUAAAACAGACUCGUCCAGGUUUCCAUCAAAGGGAGAUAACCCUUCAGCAGUUUGAGGACAAACAGCUUUGUGUUGUGUCAAUAUGUAAAGACUACCUAACAAGAACUGAACCUCUUACAGGACAACACUCAAAACUGUUUUUGGGGUUUCAAAAGCCUUACAAACCAGUGUCUAAAGCAACAUUAGCAAGAUGGAUUAAGACAACGUUGGCUAGUGCUGGGAUAGAUAUGAAUAUCUUUACACCGCAUAGCACAAGAGCAGCAUCAGUUUCUGCAGCAUCUAGGCUACAGGUACCAAUAACCUCAAUACUAAGUACAGCUGGAUGGAGCAAUACCAGCACCUUUGCAAAGUUUUACAAAAAACUUUUUGUGGAUUCCAGCACGGUAUUCAAGAUUCAUUGA